AUGAUUAAAUGUGAAGAGAAUAAAACCUUUGUCGAAAAACUCAUCGCCGAAGACAGUCAUCGAGAGUCGAGUGAAUCCACGAAAAGACAAUCAAUUGAUGAAAGAUUUGUCCGCAAAAGAAGACAAUUGAAGCGAAAGUCUAGUCAUAAACGAGUGAUUCGUAAACCAAAGCAUAACAAGACUUCAGUCAAGACUAACACUAAAACAAAUGCCAAACAAAUGAAUGAUAAGAACGAAGACAUGAGUGAAGAGUCGGACGAGAGUUAUGUCGAAGAAUUGGGCGAAGAAUCAGAUAAUAGUUAUAUCGAAACGAAGACAAAGAAAGCAAUCAAAAGACAUAAACCAACAAAAAGUGGUUCAAUUCUGGGCUCUCUUCUGACACCAGGUUUUAACGAAAGACAGAAAAUGUUUGAUUUGACCACAAAUUUAUACAAAUGUGCGAAAAGUGAUUGUCAAAAGACUUUUAAAACGGACACUGCAUUGCGUCAACACUUGUUUAGACAGCACUCAAAGACAUUCAAAUGUGAAUUCAAUGGAUGUGAUAAACAGUACCCAAACUUGGGUGGACUCAAGUAUCACAUGACCACACAUUCGAGUGAUAAACCGUUUAAAUGUGAUUACAAUGGCUGUCAGUUUAGGACGCAUUCCAACGCAUGCUUGACCGCGCAUUUAAACACACAUAACGGCAACCAAUUUGCCUGCGAUUUCAUUGGCUGCGAGAAGACAGUGACCUCUUUGCAGGGUUUAGACCGUCACCGACGAACCCACGGAAGCGAACCGACGUAUAAGUGUAGCACAAAUGGAUGCCGAGAAGCGUUCUUCACGGUAUCGCAACGCCGUAAACAUCAGGUCUCUGUCCACAACCGCAAGCCAUUGUUGAAACGCAAGCAUCCGUGCGAUUGGCCGGGAUGUGAGUGGACGGGCACUUCCAUUGGUCGCCAUAAACGGCAACACACGGGUGAGACGCCGUUCCCGUGUUUAUGGCCAGAGUGUGGCAAACGGUUCAAACAGUCAACCCUUUUAAAACAACACAUGAAUAUUCACAAUAACAUUAAGCCCUAUGUGUGUCAUUGGCCCGGAUGUACACACAGUUACGCCUACGCGGCUAACCUUCACUCACAUAUGAAGAGUUCGCAUCAAAUGGACAAUUAA